AUGGCUGCAUCUUAUUGGAAAAGUUCUCAAUUUGAACAAUGGUUAUUUGAUCGUCAAGAAUUAAUAGCUUUUCGUCUUCGUGAUAUUGCUUCAUGGCCUUCUAGUAAUGGUUCAUCUCCUAUAACAGAAGAUGAUUAUUUAAAAAUUCUUAUUUUUUAUUCAAAUAUAAUUCAAUAUAUUGGUGAACAAUAUAAAGUUCGUCAACAAGUUAUAGCAACAGCAAUUAUUUAUUUAAAAAGAUUUUAUGCAAGAUAUCCAUUAAAAAGUAUUGAUCCUUGGCUUCUUUGUCCAACAUGUUUAUUUCUUGCAGCUAAAGUUGAAGAAUUUUCUACACUUAAUCAUCAAAGAGUUUGUAAUGCUGCUGCAACUAUAUAUAAAAAAUUUACACAUUUGCUAAAUGGUCCCAAUGAAUAUCCAUAUCAAAUAAAACAUAUACUUGAAUGUGAAUUUUAUUUACUUGAAAUAAUGGAUUGUUGUUUAAUUAUUUAUCAUCCUUAUCGUUCAUUAGAUACAUAUACACGUGAAUUUCAAAUUGAUCAACCAUUAUUCGAAGGUACAUGGCGUAUUAUAAAUGAUUCAUUAAAAACUGAUGCAUCUCUUUUAUAUCCUCCAUAUGAAGUAGCACUUGCUUGUCUUUUACUUGCUGCUAGAUGUCGUGAUAAAAUGGGUAUAAUUAAACAAUAUAUGAUUGAAGCACAAAUUGAUGUUGAAAGAAUAUAUGAAAUUGUUAAACUUUUACUUAAAUAUUAUGAAUUAUUAACAACUUAUGAUGCUGAUUUACCAAAUAUUGAUGGAAAACAAAUGAAAGAAAUUUUAGCUAAAGUACCUAAACCUAAAGUAAUUCCAAUAGGAUCAACUCGUCCAUCAUCACAACCAAAUGAACAACAAUUGCAAUUAACUAUACAACAAUAA